CUUUUUUUUUUUUAAUUUUCUAUUUCAUUCUGUUUCUUAAAGAUUUAUAUGCCUGAAACUGGGUGACUAAAUGUGAAAGAAUAAUUGGGACUAAUAAUUAGUUAAUGAUGAAGAUUGAGGACUGAAACUAUGUGGGUGCAGUUAGUGCUUUAGUUAAGUAAGAUUGUUAAUCAUAAUUUUGUACCCUUUGAUAUCAGAAAUUGUUAGAAACCAUGGAUGAUAGUCCUAAGAUUGUUUAUUGUGCUUUAGGCAGAUUUGAUCGAUUUUGAACUUUUUGUGUGUCUAAGGAGUGAAGGGUUUAAGGUGCAUGAAUGGAGUUGGGAGACGAUGCCAUUUCGUUUAUGACAGAUGAGUUCCCACAGUCAAAUGGAGCAAGCUCUUCAGAAUAUUCUUUCUAAGAUUAAACCUGAGAGAGAAGAUUGGGCAGUGAGAUUUGACAUCAUUAAUGAUGUUCGAGAUGCUGUUCAGACGGUGGAAAGUCUCAGAGGUGCAACUGUGGAACCCUUUGGCUCGUUUGUAUCUGAACUAUUUUCAAAAUGGGGAGAUCUGGAUAUAUCUGUAGAGAUACAUACAUAUUCUCAUAUCUCACAUACAGCAAGAAAGCAGAAGGAAAGUUUGCUGGCAGAUUUACUAGGAGCUCUUAGAAGUAAAGGUACAUGGCGUAAGCUCAGACUUAUCAGUAAUGCUAGAGUACCCUUCUUGAAGUUGGAGCACCACCUUCAAAGGAUCACUUGUGAUAUCUCUGUUACUAAUUUGCUUGGUCAAAUGAAGGCCAAGUUGCUUUUCUGGAUCACUGGGAUUGAUGAGCGCUUUCGAGAUAUAGUUUUGCUGGUCAAGGAAUGGGCCAUAGCGCUUGAUAUUAACGAAGCAGAGUCUGGGACUUUGAAUUCAUAUUGUCUAACCUUGAUGGUUCUCUUUCAUUUCCAGACAUGUGUACCUGCAAUUCUACCGCCUCUUAAAGAAAUCUAUCCAGGAGAUUUGGCACAUGACUUUUCAGGUGUAAGAGCUGAUGCUGAGAGAAAAAUCGAAGAAACGUGUGCUGUGAACAUAAACAGGUUCAAGUUGGAUAGGUCUAGGAGGAUAAACCGAAGUUCUUUAUUUGGUCUGCUCAUUUCUUUCUUUGCAAAGUUCUCUGACAUUGAUGGGAGGGCCUCAGCACAAGGAAUUAACCCAUACUCUGGAUGCUGGGAAGAUAUCGGGAACAACAUGGCUUGGUUGUCCAGGACGUUUGUACUCUAUGUUGAGGAUCCUUUUGAGCAGCCUGUUAAUACUGCAAGGGCUAUUACCAACAACCAUCUGACAAGAAUGGCAGAUGCAUUUCGAGCUACACACAAUAUGCUUGCAUCAAAAGAUCGUAAUCAGGCUACCCUCUACGCCACACUAAUUAGACGAGACCGACUGCCACCGGAACAGUCACUAGUCAGAAACAAGCCUGGAAACAACCGGAGUCGUCCACAGAUAAACCGAGCUUCAUCAUCAUCAUCGCAGUCUCAAACUCGAAACAAUGGACGUUCCAAUAAUGAAAAUAUGAACAGACCUGUGCAGCCUCGUCAUCAUAAUCAAGCACGGCAGUCUCAAACUCGAAACAAUGGACGUUCCAAUAAUGAAAAUAUGAGCAGACCUGUGCAGCCUCGUCAUCAUAAUCAAGCACAGCAGAUUUGGAGGCCCAAAUCAUCUUGAUUAAAGUAAAUUUUGUAACAAAUUGCAAUAGUACUUUUUUUUUCAUAGUCAUGGUUUGUAUUGUUCUGGAUUCAACACCACCGAAGUCUGUUAAAAUUAUUUUCCAUAAAUCUGGUUUUAUUAGGAAGUUGAGAAGCCAGAGUGCAAAGUUUGGGCGAAUAUGAAGCACUCACUACUUUAACUUAUUCUCUAAAUACCCUAUUCUUUUAAUUACAAAUUUAGUUUUUCAAGUUAACUUUAGUACUUUA